UUUCGAUUAUUUCGCUGGCAAUAGGAAUAGGUUGUUUUUUGGAUAUACUCAAAUGUCUUUAAUUUGUUUUCUAAUUUAUAGAAAAUAGUUUUUCACAUGUUUUUUACUUUUUGGGGUUCAAGUGUCAUCGUAGUAAAAACUUGAAUUAUAUCAAAAUGGCUAGUGUAUCCUAUCAAAUCGCAAAUCUUCUCGAAAAGAUGACAUCUAACGACAAAGACUUCAGAUUUAUGGCUACAAAUGAUCUGAUGACUGAAUUACAAAAAGAUAGCAUAAAACUUGAUGAUGAUUCAGAAAGAAAAGUUGUUAAAAUGCUUCUACGUUUACUUGAAGAUAAAAAUGGGGAGGUUCAAAAUCUAGCAGUGAAAUGUCUUGGUCCCUUGGUAAAUAAAGUCAAAGAAUAUCAAGUGGAAGGAAUAGUAGAAACUCUUUGUGCAAACAUGCUUUCAGACACAGAGCAAUUGAGGGAUAUAAGUAGCAUUGGUUUAAAAACAGUUAUAUCAGAACUACCCCUAGGUUCGAAUACUCUGGCUGCGAAUGUGUGUAAAAAAAUAACUGGAAGGCUAAGCAGUGCUAUUGAGAAGCAAGAAGAUGUGUCUGUGCAAUUAGAGGCUUUGGAUAUUUUAGCGGAUUUACUUAGCAGAUUCGGAGGGUUGUUGAUUUCAUUUCAUCCAAUGCUGUUGAAUUCUCUGCUUCCUCAGCUUGCCUCUCCACGUCAGGCUGUACGCAAACGUACAAUUGUGGCAUUGUCACAUUUGGUCAUGUCAUGCAAUGCAUCACUCUACAACAAACUCAUAGAUCAUUUGUUGGAAGGUUUAAGUUCAUCAACAUCUUCCAGUGUUAGUCGUACCCAUAUACAAUGUAUUGCAUCUAUUUGUCGUCAAGCUGGUCAUAGAUUCGGUGAACAGUUGUGGAGAGUGGCACCUCAAGUCCUUAACCAUUCAACAGACACAGAUGAAGAAUUACGUGAGCACUGUUUACAGGCAUUGGAGGCAUUUGUACUUAAGUGCCCAAAAGAAGUCCAGCCUCAUAUUCCAACAAUUAUUGACCUGUGCUUAAAGAUGAUUACAUAUGAUCCUAAUUAUAACUAUGAGGAUGAUGAAGAGGGCGGGGGAGGAGAAGACGAGGAGAUGGAGGAUGAAUCUUUCGAGCCUGAUGCGGAACCGGAGUCGGACUCUGAGGAAUACUCUGAUGAUGACGAUAUGUCCUGGAAGGUCAGACGUGCGGCUGCUAAAUGUCUCGAGUCAGUUAUAGCAACGCGCCAUGAACUAUUAGCUGAAAUGUAUCAAAAUGUAUCUCCAGCUUUAAUAGCAAGAUUCAAAGAGCGCGAGGAGAACGUGAAGUGCGACAUCCUGAGCGCGUACACGGCGCUGCUGCGCGCCACGCGCCCGCCGCCCGCGCUGCAGCACGCCCUCGCGCACGCGCACGACUCGCCGCAGGCGCUGCUGCUGCACAGGGUACCGGGCGUGGUGCGCGGCGCGCUGCGCGUGAUCCGCGGGCGCAGCGUGCGCGCGCGCUCGUGUGCGCUGGCGCUGCUGCGCGAGCUGCUGACCGCGGCGCCGGGCUGCCUCUCCGACCACGCCUCACGUGUCAUCCGCGCCCUUACGCCGCCACUCACUGACAAGGGCACGGCGUCGUCCAUGAAGAUAGAGACGCUGGUGUUCGUGGUAUGGCUGGUGCGCGGGCAUGACGCUCCCGCGAUGCGGCCGCACGUGGCGGCGUUGCUGCCCGCUGUGCUGGCUUGCGUGCACGACCCCUUCUACAAAGUCACCGCUGAGGCGCUGCGUGUUCUGCAGACGCUCGUCAAAGUCAUGCGUCCACUUGAGUCUCUGGAGGCGGGCGGCGCGGACGCGGCGCCGGCGGAGGAGCUGCAGCGCUUCGUGCCCGCCAUGUACGAGUGCACGCUGGUGCGCCUGCGCGCCACCGACAUGGACCAGGAGGUCAAGGAGCGCGCCAUCGCCGCCUGCGGGCAGCUCAUCUGUCACUUCGGAGAUUACUUAGAGAAUGAGCUUCCCGUUUGUUUGCCGAUAUUUUUGGAAAGAUUGCGAAACGAAAUCACUCGUUUGACAACUGUGAAAGCUCUCACUAAAAUAGCUUCCUCUCCCCUGCGCAUCGACUUGCGACCGAUCCUGCCGGACGCCGUGCCGAUACUCGGAUCCUUCCUGAGAAAGAACCAGCGGGCCCUGAAGCUAUCGACUCUGGUCCUGCUCGACACCCUCGUUCAGAACUACAGCAACGCCAUCAGCAUAGAGCUGCUGAGCAAGGUGCUGAUGGAGGUGCCGGCGCUGGUGUGCGAGGCGGACCUGCACUGCGCGCAGACGGCGCUGGCGCUGGUGCGCGGCGCGUGCGUGCGCUGCCCCGCCGCGCUCACGCCCGACGCGCGCGCCGCGCUCACGCCCAACAUCCUGGCGCUGGCGCGCUCGCCGCUGCUGCAGGGUGGCGCGCUGAAGGCGAUGGUCGGGGUGCUGUCGGCGCUCGUGGCGGCGGACGUGGCGGGCUGUUCGCGUCGGGAGCUGCUGGCGCUGCUGGUGGCCCCCGUGCACGCCAACGCGGAUCAUGCUGCGACCCCGCACCACAUCAAACAGUCUGGAGUACAGCGGACGCUUCCUCGCCAGGCCUACCACUCGCUGGCCAAGUGCGUGGCGGCGGUGGUGGUGUCGGGCGGCUCGGACGCGCUGGACAUCACGCGCGGCUUCCUGAGCGACGCGUCGCACCCGCACGCCGACACGCAGCACAUGUUCGCCCUGCUGGCGCUCGCGGAGAUCGGGAGGCAUCUGGACCUCAGCUCAAUCCCGAAUCUGAAAGAGGUGCUGUUGAGUUCGUUCGCGCCUUCGUCGGAGGAGGUGAAGUCGGCGGCGAGCUACGCGCUGGGCUCGGUGGCGGUCGGCAACCUGCCGGAGUUCCUGCCUUUCAUACUCAACGAAAUCGAGGCGCAGCCUAAAAGACAGUACCUGCUCUUACAUUCACUGAGAGAGAUAAUAGCCUGCGAAUCGUGUACGCCAGAAGGAGUGGAAGCAUUGAGGCCGUUCAUACCAGAAAUUUGGGUGCAGCUGUCAAAGCACUGCCAGUGCGCUGAGGAAGGAUCUCGGAAUGUAGUAGCGGAAUGUUUAGGAAAAUUGUGCUUGCUGGAACCUCAAGAUUUAUUACCGCAUUUAAAAGAAUUUUUGAAAUCUCCUGAACCACUAACAAGAACAACCGCUGUUACUGCAGUCAAAUUUACUAUAUCGGAUCAGCCGCAGGCGAUCGACGGGCUGCUGCGCGCCUGCAUGUCGGAGCUGCUGCUGCCGCUGCGCGACGCCGAGCUGGGCGUGCGGCGCGUGGCGCUCGUGGCCUUCAACUCGGCCGCGCACAACAAGCCCUCGCUCGUGCGCGACCUGCUGCCCGAGGUGCUGCCCACCAUAUACGCCGAGACCAAGGUCAAGAAAGAGUUGAUCAGGGAGGUAGAGAUGGGCCCCUUCAAGCACUCGGUGGACGACGGCCUCGACCUGCGCAAGGCGGCCUUCGAAUGCAUGUACACGCUGCUGGGCACGUGUCUCGACCGCCUCGACGUGUUCGAGUUCCUGCGGCACGUGGAGGACGGCCUGCGCGACCACUACGACAUUAAGAUGCUCACCUACCUCAUGUGCGCCCGACUCGCGCAACUGUGUCCCACCGUCGUCCUGCAGAGACUAGAGAGCCUGGUGGAGCCGCUGCGUGCGACGUGCACGAUGAAGGUGAAGGCGAACUCCGUGAAGCAGGAGUACGAGAAGCAGGACGAGCUCAAGCGCUCGGCGCUGCGGGCCGCCGCCGCGCUGCUGCAGAUCCCCGACGCCGAUAAGAAUCCUCAUUUAAUGGACUUUGUCACACAAAUCAAGUCGUUCCCCGACCUCCAGCCCAUCUUCGAGUCCAUCCUGAAGGACUCGUCGGGCGGCGGCGUGGACUCCAACCUCAUGGACCAGAGCUAGCCGGUGCGCCUCGCAGUCCUGCGUCUCGUCCGCGGUACCUCACGAGGUCUUUCUUUUCGUUUAACUUAAGUUUUAUACCUACACCCCUCUACAUUGUAAAAAUUAUAGCCGAUAUGGAAUAAGACAUUGCGGUUUUAUUCAACAGUUAUAAUUAUAAAAAUUACAAAUAUAAGUAUCGCUAACUAGCACGUAAAGCUAGGCGCAUGUCCGUGCAUCGGUAGGAACGGGGACGAAGGCAUUUAAGGGGGAAACUAGAAGGAACAUAGUCUUUAUUAGAUGUUUUUCUUCGAUAGUUCUAUCUGAUAUGUAUUGUGAUAUUAUUACAAGCUACGUGGAAUAUUCGUAGGAGAUUGGAUAAAUACAAUAAAACAGCGAUUAAUUAA